CCUGACCUGAAUCUAUUUAUAGCUUAUUAGAUGUUGCCAAAUUUUGAGUACUUCAAAAUGGCGGAAAUGUUACAGAGAGUUGUAUUUUUCUUUAUAUUAAUACAUUGUCUUCUGUGUGUAGUUUCCGUUGGUGGUCUAGCUAGACGAGGAGGCAGAGGAAGCAGCAGAAGCUAUGGCCAUAGGACUUCUACAUCCAUCCGGUCAACUACUAAAAUCAAAGUGAAACACAAUGUGGUUCUGUCUGGAAGAAUCGUUAGAGGAAGUAGCAUUUACACAUCCUCAAAUUGGAGGGCAGCAUUUUAUGCAGGCGCUAUUUAUGGAGGAACCCGUCAUGUGCAUAUGCAUCCUAACACAAUGCCAACAAUCUGCACUAACCGUUUUGAAAGACGUCCAGAUGGUCUAGUCUAUGGCUAUUUUAUAUGCCCCAAGGAUAAUGAUCUUAUGGAUGAAAUUUACUGCUGUGGGCCAGACAAUAGGGAGUAUUGCUGUAAUAAAACAAUGGCUGAAGUGUAUUAUUACAAACAUUACCAUUCUCAAAGUGGUGGGCCAUCUGUUGGAGCCAUUGUAGGAAUCAUCAUCGCUGUGGUAAUUGUUGUAGGUUUGGCCGCCUUCUGUUGCAAAAAACGAAAGCAUGCUGGUCAGAUUAUAAGAAAAUUCUCUAAAAGAGGUGGCAGAUCUAAGCAGGACUACCAUGGCCCACAGGCUGUUCCCCUAAGCAGUCCAGAACUUACUAAUGGUGACAGCACCACGAUAACCCAAGCUCCACCAUCCUAUGCUGCAGCAACAACAGUAGGAUAUGAUGGCAGCCAGCAGUAUCCCUACUCUGGCCCUCAGCCUUUUCCACCUGGGGCACCCCAACCAUACCCUCCCUACAAUGGAACAGAAGAUAAAUCUGGACAACUUCCCCCAGAGAUUGUUGCUGGAGAGCCUUAUAAACCUUAUCCUUCAGAUGGCCCAGCUCCAUAUCCAAUGAUGCCCAAUGGUUCUGAAAACAUACCAUACCCACCACCGUCUGGAUCCCCUUAUCCCCCGCCUGAAGGGACACCUUAUCCACCACCUGGUGCUCCUUAUCCUACACCUGGUAGCACUCCUUAUCCUCCUCCUGGUGCAGCCCCAUAUCCCCCUCCAGGUGGAGCCCCAUAUCCCCCACCUGGUGGAGCCCCAUAUGCUUACAUGGCACCUUUUGAUGCCCCCUACCCUCAGUCUGCCCCUGCACCUUACCCAGUUAACCCAGAUGUGACAGGGCCCCCUAAUUAUGGAGCACCUUACCCAACCUCAGUGCCAGGAGAUCAGGGCCAUGUAUUAGGUGCAGGAGAUAGCCAAGAAAAAAAGCCAACAGGGAACAGCUAUGCCUAAACUUGGUGGAAUAAAGCACUACAGAGCAAGUAUUGAUGGCGUAGGACGUAAUUAUCCUCUUCUUUAAACGAACAUCUGUAAUUUAUGAGUCAAGAUAAGACAGUUUUCUUUUUAGGCCUGAAAUCAAAAUACUCUGUAAUUUUCAGAUUACGUGGAUAGAAUUAAUGUUAAAAUCUUUUUUUUUUUGGUAUCAGCAUUUAGCAUUUGAUGUAUUUUUUCUUGCUGUAUACAACUGGUAUAUAGU